GGUUUCGGAAGAUCUCGAUGAAUGAAAUUAUAGCGCUUCGUUUCUGAUAGAUGGCAAAGUUUGAUCGUUAGAUACGACGUGACGAAACAGAAGGUAGUGAAAGUGGGAAGAAAUGAAAUUUACGAUCAGCCAUAAUCGCAUCCGUCCAAGUCAAUACUGAGAAGAAAUGGGAUAGUCCAGUGGACAUUGGGAAUUACCAAUUCCAUCUGAUAUAUGGAGAUCCUCCGAAAACAAAUAAACUUGGGUGAAAGUGGGUUUGUUAUUCACGGAUGGUGGAAGAACAGCCGCCAUCCUUCACGAUGUUCACAUUUUAAUAAAAACUGAGCUCCGGUCAGUAGGCAAGUUUCUUUUUUGUUAGUGACAUGGAUACUUGAGAUAAGUGAGUAAGAUUGUUUGACGAUUGUAGGGAUUGUUGAGUAAGCAUGCUCAUUUUUUUGCUUGGAUUCAUCCUUGGCAUAGAAAUACUGCAGGCUCUCUAUCUCCAACCGAAUCUGGUUCCCAACAGGCAUAAGAGGGAUAUAGAAGCUGAGAACAUAACCUUUACCUUCGAAUGCAAAGGCAGAGCAAUAGGAUUUUACGCCGACGUCGAGCACAACUGCCACAUUUUUCACAUGUGCGAUGAAGAUGGUAGAAGAGUUCCACACAUGUGUGCAAACGAUACUAGCUUUAAUCAGGAAUAUAGAAUUUGUGACUGGGAAUACAAUUUCAACUGUUCUGAGGCACCAAUGUGGUAUUACCUAAAUGAAUUGACCUACGCAACUGACAAACCAUUUGAGGAGGAUUAUGAUUAUGGUGGAGAAUAACUGCAGUUCGAAUACAUCCUUGUUCAUGUAAAAAUUGUAAAUGUAUAUUUAUUUUUUGAAUUAAACGAUUAUGGGAAAAUA